CCAAUUUCGUAAGUCCCGCGUUUUUAUUUUUAUUUGGUGGGUAAGUGAAAUAGUUAAUAGUCAGGAAAGAACAUAGCCAAGAAAUUCCUGAGCCUUUCGCAUCGUUCUUGCACAGUCUCGGCCUCUCUAUUGCGGUGUGGGAAGGCAAAAGCAAUUUUGGGUUUUGGUCUUGGAAUCAAAGUAUCGUGCUUUGAAGUAGCUGGGAUGAGCAGGGAGGGGUCUCCGGAUUGGCUGCGCACUUUUCAGGUCCCAAAAACUGAGUCAGUACUGUCAUUGUCCUCAGAUUCUGAGUUUUCAUUGAAUGGACUUAAUUCGGGGGAGGAUAACAGUGAUGGCCGAGAACUAUCUCCUCAUAAAUCAUCUGGAUUCGAUGAAGAUGAUGAUGAUGAUGAUAAUGAUAAUGAUAAUGAAGUUAUCGGUAAAUUUCUUGGGAAAAGUGUUGCAGCGUUUCCAUCUGAUAAGAGACUGAAAGGCAAGUCUCCGAAACGAGAGGAAAAAGUAGAAGAAGAUAUACCCCAGAAAAAGAAGAAGUCAGACGGAUCCAAGAAGAGAGAAGGUAAAACAAGGACCGUUGUUGAGAAGCCUUCAAAGACUCAUGAACCGAAUGAUUCAGUUUUGGCGUUGUCAUCAGAUUCUGAUCCUGAAAACAGUCCUCCCAGAGAGGAUGGUAUCCACGAUGGAGAAUCUUCUGACCUUAAAACGUCUCAACUGCAAUCAAUAGGUAACAGUGAGGAUGCAGCUCUUAUGGGCAGUAGUGAAGAGUCUCCAUCUAAACAGGCUACAAAAGGAAAAUCUUUGAAGAAAAGUCCAAAAGGAAAAGGCCAGUCACCCAAGAAAGAGAAGAAAAAGAUAGAUAGCAAAGAAAAAGAAGGUAACAGUGAGGAUGCAGCUCUUAUGGGCAGUAGUGAAGAGUCUCCAUCUAAACAGGCUACAAAAGGAAAAUCUUUGAAGAAAAGUCCAAAAGGAAAAGGCCAGUCACCCAAGAAAGAGAAGAAAAAGAUAGAUAGCAAAGAAAAAGAAGGAAUUUGUGGCGAUGUGGAAGUGGCAGAGAAAGAAGCUUCUGACAAGCAGAUUGAACCACGUGUAUCCACCACAACAUUGCCGUUGGUGCUCUCUGAGAAAGUCCAUCGUACAAAGGCACUUGUUGAGUGUGAAAAGGACUCCAUAGAUUUGAGUGGUGAUAUGGGUGCUGUAGGACGGGUGGUAGUUUCAGAUUCUAGAUCUGGGCAUAGCGAGAUGUGCUUAGAUUUAAAAGGAACCAUUUACAAAACAACCAUAGUUCCUUCCAGGACAUUUUGUGUUGUUAGCUUUGGACCGUCCGAGGCAAAGAUAGAAGCUAUCAUGAAUGACUUCAUUCAGCUGAAACCAGAAACAUAUGAAGCUGAAACAAUGGUUGAAGGAACACUAGAGGGUUUCUUAUUUGAUUCCGAAGAUGAGGCUGACAAAGUUCCUAAAGCAACUCCUCAUCAAACUGAUAAAAAUGAGGAUACUGAAGAACAAACCAAUGGGACAACCAAAGGGAAAGCUGACAAAGCAUCGAGGGUUGUAAAGAAGAGAGAUAAGCCUGCAGGAGGGAAGCCACAGCCACCAAAGAAAGCAAGAAAGAAAACUCAACUUUCCAAGAAGCCCAAGAACAAAAAAUGACACAGUUUUGUUUAUUAUAUCUUGUACUGGAGUAGGAGUUAGUUGUUGGAGUAUUUAGGGAAAGUUUAACAUAUAGAAGCCAUUGUUCCUGAUUAGAUACAAGUUUGUACUGUAGGUUGGCUCAUACGACCGAGUGAUUUACAUUCUUCUGCAUUGCUUGGAUUCACUUUACAUUUUAGUAGUCUAGUAAUCGACUACAUUACAAUGAACCUUACUGUGCCUGCCUUCAUCGAAUAUUUGUAUUACACUAAAA